CCGGUUUUCCUGGCAUGACCUUUUCCCUUGGCAACCACUUCCUCCGAGCAUCCACGGCCAUCUUUAAUUUUAACUCAUUCAUGAAAAGUUGUUUCGCUCAUGUAAACACGCCGACCGACACAUUUGCGCUCAAAGCGUCACCGACGGCGCUGUGUGCAUGUGGCUUUCCAGCGACAAGCUCCAAACUGAGCAGAGCAGCACCGCAGCAGGCUGUCCGCCGAGAUUAAGUAAACACCGACAGCGAUGAGAAAGAAGCAGACUGCCAAACAGAGGAAGACAGAGGAGACUACAGUUGUCCAGGAGUUUGUGGUGGAAAAAAUCAUUCGCCGCAGAGUCUUUAACGGAAGAGUGGAGUAUUUCCUGAAGUGGAAAGGGUUCACCGAUGCAGAAAACACAUGGGAACCUGAGGACAACCUGGACUGUCCAGAGCUCAUCGAAGAGUUCCUGAGAAACGCUCAUUUCUCAGAGGAGAUUGAGGAAGAGCAAAGUGAACAAGAGUUAAUUCCCAAAGAAGAAAUGACAGAGCAAGAGACGGAAAUUUCCUGUAUGCAGUCUCAGCAGGCUCACACUGUGCAGAGCAACAGUGACGUCCUCGAGCCAAACGAUGAGCAGUCAGACACCCCCACUAACCUCACCACUUACCUCGAGCCUGAAUGCAUCAUUGGCUCCACAGACAGACAGGGAGAGCUCAUGUUCCUAGUCAAAUGGAAGAACUCCGACGACGUGGCCCUGCUGCCGGCCCGUGAAGCCAGCGCCAGGUGUCCCCAGGUGGUCAUCGACUUCUACGAGCAGAAGCUGACGUGGCACUGUGGGGACGAGGAGCAGUGAAGUGUGUGUGUGUGUGUGCGUGUGUGGUUUGUGUAUAGAGGCGAACUGAUAAACAGCUGUACUCUCGCCUGAAGCUUAGUUUAACCUCCAUCAUGUGUCCUCCUUCAUCUGACAUUAGAGGCACACUGUGUGAAAUUACGACCCACUGCAGGUAGGAGUUUGAGAUCCUGGCAGGUGCGAGAUCCUCAGUGGGGAUGGAUUUGAAGUGCUCUCGGGUCCUGUGGUGCUCAACAAGGUCUCUGUGCCUUUGUGGAGACUGCGAUGGGGACUAAAACUAACCUUUGUGUGGAGCAGCUGAUUUGAGAUCAGACUAACCUGUAGCAGCUUUGGUCUUGUGUAAACAGACGCAAUCACUGUGGACACGUGUUCUGUCUUUACUGUUAUAUAGUGAUUUAGUAUUUACAGUCCUGUUUAGCAACAAGGUUGGAUGUUUAGUGUGAGCUCAACACUAUCUAGGCAGAGUGAACUAACUGCUGUUCAGCCCGUACCUCCAGUCCAUGUAGCUUUUAGUUAGAGCUGAAGAUUGUAGACUUGUUGUUCGAACGUUUUGGUUGUUUGAGCCUAUAUUGUGUGUGUGAUGUGUUUAUAACCACAGCUUUUACUGUGUCUUACUGUGUCUUUGUAUGGUUGAUUUAAAAUAUUUAAAAAUGUUGCCCUCCAAAAAUGUCCCAUAUUUCCAAUCAGCUGCUAAGUACAAAGUUACCAAGUUCCUCUGUAUUGAAUUAUAACAAGAACAUUGUUGAAUUUUUAAAAUGUUAUUUGGUGCUUACAUAAAGCGAAGACCUGGAGGAAGUGCUCCAAAAUAAAAAGUAGUGUUUCUAAAGUAAAUGAGAUUUACACACAUUGAAAAUAACGUUUGUUCAUUUGUGAUGGCUAAUAAGAUUGUUAAAUGUAGCACUUUAGAUACAAGACUGUCUAAUUAUGCAGGGCAUUGUCUUCCUGUAAUUACACAGGUCCCUGUAUAUGACCUGUAUCUUGAUGGCACUGUCCUGACUCGACAUAUCUCCCAUGACUGUUAUGGGACACUCAGCUAAACCUUAAACCUCUUAAAACACACCUGCUACUGAAUUACUGUAACUGUUGACCAUGGAUCUGUGAUGUCUCUGUGAAUAAAGAAAACCUUUUGUGAAGCUUU